AUGUCAUCACGAUUUGGUCCUCGAGCUGUGGGUACAGAUGGGACAGACUUCAAGCAUCGACAACGAAUUGCUGCACACUAUCAUUAUAGUGCGCAGUAUAAAAUGUAUUUGAAAUUGUUGUUCGGACUUCAUUUCCUAGUGCUACUCACAAUGUGGGUUAAAGUUGGCGGCGAAGUACUUGUUGAAGAAUUCGGCAUACGGUGGCGGUUUUAUCAAACUCUUCAAUUGCCCAGUGCCUACCCAUGGGAAUAUGUCUGGUGUUUCUCAUUCAUCCCAUCAAUAUUUGCUAUGAUGUCGUUUAAACGAAAUAAGUCAAAUUUGUUACGUAAUCAUUACUAUGGACAGUUUAUUAUGGGAAUUUUACCGUGUGCAAUAGGUAUUGGUGGACAAUUACCAGAACUUUUUGAUUAUUUGCGUGACAUGAAAAAUAGUCAAACACCAACAUUUCGUGGAACUUUUCCAAUGGUUAUUAUUUGGUAUAUUUUUUUCUUGAUUGCCGUGCAGAUACAUAUUUUUGCCAUGUAUUUCUCGUAUCAUUUGAUAUCAGCUUGGCAACCACCAAAGAAGAAAGAAUAG